AUGAGCUUAAUGUUUAUUCCUCAUGAUACUGAUACUCGAAGACAGACUAAUAGAAAAAAGGCUCCAAAUAUGUUUAUUUUAUACCGUAAAGACAUGAUGCGUACGAAACCACCCAUGAUGACUAUGACCAAGUUUAGUAAAGUGAUUUCUAUUAAGUGGAAAAAUCUGCCUGAUUAUGAAAAAGCAAAAUGGCAGAGAAAAUCUCAAUUAAUUAGAGAUCUAGGAGAAAAUAUAGAUGAAUCCAUGUACGACAAAUGUGAAGAUUGCUUAAAACAACACCUUCACGUUAACUCGAGGAUUCCUCAAACAGAUGAGUGUCGAUCCU